UUAGUGGCCCGACUGGGGAUCAAACCCAUGUCUCCUGCAUUGCAAGACAGAUUCUCAACCAUUGGUCCACCAGGGAAGUCCCAGUUCAUGCAAUUUUGAUAAAGGUAAUUAUGUAUGUCUUUUAAUGGACUUUACAAAACAUCAUACCCAUGAUGAUGGAGGUGAGGCCUCAGGCCUUGGGGCUCAGCACAUCCACCGCAGCUGUGGCUAAACCGAGCUACGGGCUGUGAUGUCCUCACCUGGAGUGCCUGCCAUGGAGGCCCCUUUGGCUCCCCAUCCCCAGGGUCCUCUUCUGUAAGGUGGGACCAUGCUGUGACUGUCUGGCAGAAUUGCUGCAGGGCACGUCAUGGGGCAGAGAGAGUGAGUGUUUUAGGGGAACCACUGUCCCCCCAGCAGUGGGAGGCUCCUCAGUUCUCCAGGUGUUGGGGGCACUGUCAAGUUGGGCCUUGGAGGGAUUUGACUGAGCUGAAAAGCAGCAGAUGCGGGCUUCAAGGUCAGACAGUGUGCCUGCCUUGUCCGUGGAGAUCUGACCCCCUGAGCCAGAGGAACACAUCCCUUGCCAAGAGGUGUCUGAGCUGAAAAUGAGGACAUGACCUUGACAUCCUCCCAGGGUUCUUGGGUGGGCAUCCAGCCUGGGUUCUACGUGAUGCUGCCUCCGUGGUAGGGGUGGGGCUGCCCACUCAGUUUCCUUCCCUGGCAUCUGGUGAUUCACACACAGCAUCUCAGGGUGAUGAACAGCUCAGACUUUGAGGUCAGGUAACCCACAUUCAAAGCCCAGCUUGGCCAUUUCUAACCCAUAAGAUCUGGACGUGCUAAUUAACCUCUGUAAGCCUCAGCUUUCUCAUCUACAGAAUGGGGACUGGCGCUAACUGGUCAGAUGGUUGUGAAUAUUAAAUGGGACAACAUGUGGCAAUUGAGCAAACAGGAAAUGUCUAGUGCACAAUAAAUGUCAUUUAAUAUCCAUGUGUUGGAGGCACAUAUAGAAUGUAUAUGAAAUAUACUUGUUAAUCGUUUUUCUCCGUGUCUCUAAACUCUGGGUUAGAGGCUUCAAGUUUGAGGUUAGGGGCUCCAUGUGGUUUUCUCUGAUACUGGGUUUUGUGAAAAUUGUAACAUGAAUCUGGUCAUUUUGUUCACAUUCUUUACCCUCAUGGAGCACUUCCUCUGUCCACACCUCCAGUGAGAAAGUCAAGGUACAAGCUGCAUUCUAUAGUUGAGGUGGGGAGAGCCUGGGGGCCAAAGAUUUGCCUCAAGGUCACCCAGCUGCUUGGGGCUACAACCAGCCCCAGAACCUAGGUGCUGGUCAAGGCCCCAGGAGAGGCCUAGGCCUGGUUUAAUUGCAUUCUGCCUGGACCCAGGCCGACGUGGGGGGAGGCCGUGGCUUCUGUGUGGAUGAGCUCUGAUUCUCCCCGGGGGCCUCCCUUGGGGAGCCCCAAGACCUGCUGAACCUGGCUAAGGCCCCGCCCAGAUGCCCUGCCUGUGACCUCCCCCAGCACCUGCCCUGCAUGCUGUGAGCUAGAGUUGAGCCCUGUCUCUGGGGAUAGGGGCAAGGCCUGAGGUGGGGAAGCUGCCGAAUGGGCCAGGUGUGGCAGCAGGCUCCUAGGACUGCUGUUUCUGAACCUCGGCUCCCAGGCCCUACCUGGCACUGUCUCUCGUGUCUACUUCCUGGAACAGCUGGGCUGCAAAAUCAUUUUGGGGGCAGAGCCCAGGAGUGACCAUGCAGACUUCAGCCUGCUGUUUCUGAGUUUUCCAGCAUCCACACUCACUUCUUUUUUUUUGAUGUGGAACAUUUUAAAAGUCUGUUGAAUCUGUUAUACUACUGCUUCUGUUUUAUGUUUUGUGUUUUUGGCCAUGAGCCAUGUGGAAUCUUAGCUUCCCAACCAGGGAUCGAACUCACACCCCCUGCAUUGGAGGGUCAAGUCUUAACCACUGGACCGCCAGGGGAGUCCCUCUAAGCUCACUUCUACACUGGGUGGCCCAGGCUUUAUUCUAUUGAAUCCCUCUGCCAUGACUUUUGCAACACUUGAGUAUCACUGGUGCUAUGAUUUACCUAGUAGUUUUAAGUCCUCUUUUCAUACUUUAAUUCAUUUACUUAAUUCUGCAAAUGGAAAGUCAGUAUCAUUUGCUGUAAGUAGGCAGGAACCUUAAAAGUAAAUUGGAAACAGACCCAAAGAAAAGCCUACGUUUAAGUUAUUCCUGCCAGAAGUUGUGGCAUUCUGAAAACCCUGAGCCUUGGGGUCUGUUCUUUCUUUGUUGGAACGUUAGAGAGAAAUUAAAGACACAGCACCAAGUUGGAGGCCUUCUCCUCGGCCUGGUGGUUGAAAAGGAAUUGAAGGGGCACGGACUUUCUCACUUUGUGGAUCAGUGUUAGGCUGCCCCUGAAAUCAUCAUAGGUUCUAACCGUGGUGCACAGCCCAUGUUUGAGGGAACACGGGUCGGCGGAGGGCCUCCUCCAUCCUCGAAGCCCAACUUGAGUGCCUCCACCUCCCAGCAUCUCUAGAUGAGGAAAUGGCACCCCAGUCUAGUACUCUUGCCGGGAUAAUCCCAUGGACAGAGGAGCCUGGCAGGCUACAGUCCUUGGGGUCGCAGAGACAGACACGACUGAGCACACACACGUGCACUCCUCCCAGCAUGGCACCCCCCUCCUGCUCACAUGUCCCUGAUGCUGCCCGGGAGUGAGCUGUCUGGCGUCCACUGGCUUCCCCCAGGGCCAAGCUCCCUAGAGCCCCACAAAUGAGCGUGAGCUGCUCCAGGCAGACAUACCCACCCCCUCGCCUGGACGCAUCGACCUACUGUCUCCUUAGGCUCAGAUGAACCUCAAAAUGAGUGCCUGACCAUACCCAUGAGGGAGACCAUUACCCCCGCCCCCUGGGAUAUGCUGGGAGGUGAGGGAGCUGGGUGCUGAGUAACAGGUUGGUUUAGGUGGCUGAUAGAGGGACAUCUUUGGUGAGCACCAUGGCCUGAACAAGGGCUUGGAGGCUGGGCUGGGUGAGGCCUGCUCUCUGAUGACAGGAGGUGGUUUUGAUGGCUUUCUGGAGAAAUAGGGAGUCAUUCUAGGCUCCUCCCACUAACUGCUGUGAAACUCAGGGCCCUUCCCCUCUCUGAGUCUCAGAUGUCUGCUCUGGAAAAUGGGGAAAUGAUGGUGGGCACCACCAUGUAGGAUGGAGGUGGGCAUUUAAGGAGAUAAAGCUUAUGAGGAUCUUGGCACUGUGCCUGGCACUCACGGAGGGCUUUGAGGUUGGUGGCUGCAGAGUGGGACUAGGCCGUGGGGAGUGGGAGGUGAUACGAGCCUGAGGUUCAAAAACUGGCUCAGUGUGACUGUGCCUCAGACCUGAAAGGACACAGGAGACACAGGCGCCACAAAACCUCAAAAUAACAGUGAUGUCAGAUCCACAAUUCAGGGUGAAAAGUGGCCUCAUGGAAGUAUCCCCAGGGUCAGGGAGGGGCACUGAUGGUGGCAGAGGGAGUCAGGGAAGGCUUCCUGGAGGCAGUGUCUUAGAGGAGCACCUGCUGAGCAAGCUGGGCAUGCCUUGGUAGCAGUACGGGCUUCUGAAGGUGUUGCUCACUUAUCUCCCCACAAUGUGGAAAGAACAUCCUCCCCCUUUCAGAGCCUCCGCUCCAGAUGCCACACGCUCUCUUCUCUGAAGUUGGCAGAGAAGAUGCCCAAAUACUUCUCAGGAGCUUCGAGGACUCGCAGACUAUAGCUCCGACAUCUGCAGGUAAAACUUAGGAAUGGGAAGAAUGCUAUCCAAAUAAACUUAAUCCUAAUCAAAGGAUUAUUUUCUUACAGAAAAGCCUCACCUAUACUUAAUAGUUUUAAAUUGUUCCGGGUACCAAUUAGACUUUUAAUUUUGCUGUUCCCUCCGGCGGCUGGAGGAUGUGUGUGGUUUGUGUUUAAUCAGAGUUGAUUUUUUCUUUUUUUUUUUGCUGGUUCUUGGAGAGGGGAGGAGAUGAGAAGACUGUUUCGGGGUUUCCUUCUGGUUCUACCAGGGCCCGGUCUAGGGGAGAGUUGCUGGGACCCUUGAGUUUGGGGCUGUCUGCUGGGGCAGUGUGGACAUCUCCAGGGAGCAAACCAGAGUCCCCUUGUGCCUGCUUACAGGCAGCUGGGAGUUUCUGCCUCUGCAUUUCUGCCUGCAGAACACAACGCUGAGUUAAAUGUAUGGAUUAUCCAAAAAUUUCUGCAGCAAUAGGGUGAGUUAUUAUUGAUUCACAGAGCACGACAAAACAUCGCUGCAUGAAUUAGCAAACAGCUGUUUCUAAUUUGAGUUUAGAACGGUACACAGAGGAACUUGUUUCUCUGUUCACUCCUUUCAUUUAUAAUGAAUUUUAAUCACCGCUACAGGUGAGAAAAAUGUAGAAACAAGCUUGUAUCUUGUGGAAGAAACAAAGGAGAGACAGAUGCUAACAGAUUUCCAGUCUGUGAUAAAAGGGAUGUUUUGGUACACUUUACAUGUAAUUAGAGCGCAGCUGUUUCCAGUCCCAGGUCCACGAACACGGCCGAAUGUGGGCUCCGCUGAUCUCCAAAGGGAGUAAAGAAAAACAGUGAUUCAACCCCGAAAGCAUUUCGCUUUCUCUUGAGUUGAACAGAGAGCCCUUCGCUCUGGCCCUUGGCAGUGUUGCUCCGUAAAGGCUGAUGGAGGUGACUUCAGAGGUGCUGUCUCUGCGCCUGUGAUGGUGGGAAGCCGGUGGGCUGAGGUUGGGGUGUGCAGGGAGCCCUGGCCAGGGGGCUGAUGGGAAAGCCCUCCAGAGCCCCUCUGCUAGCUGCAAGCGCCCCAUCUUUGGGGAGCCUCUGGUGGGGGAAUAUCAGGCCCUCCUUUCCUGGCAGGAGUUGAUGGUAGCACUCCUCCACAUUAGCUGGUUUGAUCAUCGCCAGCUCUCGGGUGAGUUGAUGAGCCCUGGCUUUUUUCCCCCCCUGGUCUGUUUAAUUUCUGCAAUAAAACUCAAGCUCAAUUGCAUUUUCAAUAUCAGUGCUAAGUAAAUUUAUCUAAGGGAUGGAGCCGCCAGGCAGGCUGUGUGUUCUGUGAGGUCAGAGGCUUCAAGGGGAAAGGCGCAUGUCUCCUUUCUGCCCUGCAUGUCCAGCAGUCCUUUGGGGAUGGCGGGCCUAGUGGGUGAAGGGGGCAGGGGUGUCCUGGGAGUCAGACCUCAUUCCCCAUCCCCUCCAUCAUGUGCCUGGAGACCCAGGUCCAAGUUCCAGCAAGGCUGCUGAUGCCCGAGCUUCUGUGUUUAUAUGACGAGAGGAUUGGCUGGGUGCUCUUGAAGGCUUCUCUGCUCUCUGAUGUCCUAGGAUUGUAAAUGCAAGGACCCAAUGGGCCUCUAUGCAGGUUGGGUGUCUUUUGCUUUGAAAACCACCUUCUGAAGUGGUAACUGCUGGUCCUUAACUUAGACCUUCCUGGUUAUUAAUCAGAACUCAGGAAGAUGGGGCCGCUCACUGUCUUGUGCUAUCCACACCCUCAUGGCUAUUGCCUGUCUCUCUUGCCCGCCUCUCUCUCCCUUUCUCUGCUCUGUGACCUUAUGUUGAGCUGGGAGGGAGCCAAUAUCCGUGACUAUUUUUAUUUUAUAGAACAUUUCUCAUAUAUGGGGGCAUGCGUACGUGCUAAGUUGCUUUAGUCGUGUCCACCUCUUUGCGACCUUAUGGACUGUAGCCCACCAGGCUCCUCUGUCCAUGGGAUUCUCCAAGCAAGGAUACUGGAGUGGAUUGCCAUGCCUUCCUCCAGGGGAUCUUCCCGAUCCAGGGAUGGAACCUCCAUCUCUUAUGUCUCCUGCACUGGCAGACAGGUUCUUUAACCACUAGCGUCACCUGGGAAGCCCUUCUUUUAUAUAAUGUGUUACAAAUAUUCACUUAUUUCCUCUGCAUAGUAACUGUAUAAUUGGGACUGUUAUUAUUCCCAUUUUACAGAUGAGAAAACUAAGGCUGGUUUCUUCUUCUGUGAAACUGAGAUUUAUUAACUUGAUGGAGCUGGGAAUCUGAGGCUCUAAAGUCCAGCUGCUGGACUCAGCCACCAAGCAAACACAGGUGCCUUCAGGGCCAGGACACCUUGAGAUGGGGAAGAGAGCCCCGUGGGUCUGGACAGACAACAGAGGAAGCGCAUCUGGUUCUAAGUGGGAGCCACAUUGCUGAUCCAUCAUGGAGGCACCAGACGCAGGUCCCGUGCCUCCAGGUCUUUGCCCCCUCCUUUUAGAAAACGUGGACGUGAUUUAAAACACUCGAGUUCUUGAUUUCUAACUGUUGGCAUUUUUACAUAAUAACUGAUGGCCAGGUAGUCCCCAGACUGUCUGGCAGGAGGACAGCCACAGUGGUCUCUGCCCCUCUGCUCAGGUGAUCAUUCCUCUCAGUCCAGCUGACUGAGUCCAGUCCCAGCCUUUUCAUUUGCCAUCUGCUCUGUGACAUCGGGAAGUGAUCUAACCUCUCUGUUCUAUUUUCUCAUCCUUGGAGCUGACCACACAACUCACAGUAUAAACGCAGAUACUUUGUGAAAGAGGGAUACAGGCUGGGUGGGAAGCUGGGUUCCCUCCGGGGUACCUGGGAGUGUGGCACCCUGCUUACUUGUAAUAUGGGAAUCACCACCACCACCACCACCUCAGCCAUGAAAAGCUGCUCCAGUGUCAGAGGGAUAACGGGUGUGAAAAUGCUGUGUAAAAUUUUAAAUACCAGACAGUUGAUGGGAUUUAGUUAAUGAAAGUAGUACAAGUUACACUGGUAAUCUUGUUCUGUAGCCAACAUUUAUUGAAUACUUAGCAGCAUAUGCACAUUUUUUAAGGUAGACACUUAAAAAAAAUAAGGUAAAUUGUUUUUUUCUUUUAAAUUAUUUAUGUAUUUUUAUUUGGUUGCACUGGGUCUUAGCUGUGGCACACACGGUCUUCAGUCUUAAUUGCUGCAUGGGGAAUCUCUUAGUUGUGGGAGCUUCAGUUGCGACAUUCAAACUCUUAGUUGCUGAGUAUGGGAGUUAGUUCUCUCAGCAGGAAUCGAACCUGGGCCCCCUGCAUUGGGGACGUGGAGUCUUAGCUGCUGCAACACCAGGGAAGUCCCAAGGUAGACAGUAUUAUUGUCUCCAUCUUCUGAAUAAAGAAAUAGGGGCUCAGAAAGGUGCAGAGAUUUGUCUGUGAUCACACAGCUAAUGAGUGGCAACUUAGCCUAAGUGAGCCUGAACUCUCAAACCGUGGCUCUGCUGUCUCCCAAUGGCUGGUGUGUCCCUGAUAUUGACUGAGUCUCUAAAAUAACGCGGGUGGUUUUGAUUCCCCAGAAGAUUUAUUAAGGGUCUGGAUGGCAGUUAUUUGUUGUCAGUUGGCAUUUCAGCAGCUCCCAGAGACAGCUAGAAAAAGGCAUGCAGAGCCAUGGCUUUCAGUCUGUUGGGCUGUCUGCAGGCUUUCAAGGCUAUGUGCCAAGUGUCCCUAAGAGGCAGGUCAGAGAAUAGGACCCGACCCUUCACCCACCAGGGGCAGCUGGGGAAGCAGCCCCUAAGGGCAAGAAUGCCUUGGUUCUCCUCGGUUUGGGGUUGCUGACCUCUACAUCCCAGCCUCCACCCCAGUGCUGUCUGUUGACCCAUGAAACCACCACCCUCCCACCCCACCCGCUUAUUUUUUAUAUCCAAACUGAAAGAAUGAUCCCCAAUUUCCCUGUCUAUGGCCUCACUGGGCAUGAUGAGAUCAUAUCCACAAAGGCACUCUGCGCUCCCUGGAGCAGAGAAGGGUGUCUAUGAGUUGCUGUUAUUUUUAUUAAAAGCAUAAUUCUAAUUCACGAUUUCAGUUGGAGCCAUGUCAGUUCCUGGUAACCUCCAUGGGCCUCCUUAACCUACCUCUGAGCAGAGACCCUCCAGCUGCCUCAUCUCUCUUCUUUCCAGGGGGGACUCCUGAUUUCUAAGGGGUUGGGCCUCCAUCCUUUACACCACACCUUCGGAUGUCCCUUUAGGAAAAUCAAAUACCUAGAUGCAAGACUGACUGCUUACAUGAAAGUUUUUUUUUUUUUUUCCCCUCUUUCAAAGUGCUUCAAAGUAGCAAAGCAUUGGUUGAGAGUUGAAACUUGAGAUAGUAACUAAUUGACAGAGAGGCUUGGCAGUCAAGAGCAGAGAAACCUAAGAAUGCUGGGAACCUUCUGUAAACCCUUAGAGGUCCAGGCAUAUAGAGCAGGCUCAACAAAUACGUGCUAAGGGAAAGCCGGGAGAUAGCCAGCAGAGAGCUAGGAUACCUACUAUCUGCCAUUCCUCAUUCCUGUACCCAGGGAAGCCAUCACUAGCUGAUCACAGACUCUUAGAGCUACAAAGGCUCUUAGAAGACCAGUUCAUCUGAUUCAUUCUCUCUGGAGUUGGGAAAAGGAAAGCACGAAGAGGGGAUGUACUUGCCUAUGGUUAUUUAGUGCCAGAAUCUGAACCUAGUUUAGCAGUGAUCUCAUCCACUAUGCUUAUGGUUUCACCCUGGGCUCAUGGCCUCACCCUCUAGGCUCAAAGUUCUACACUCUGGUGUUGCCCUCUGCAUUAUCUUUUUUUUCUUUUUUUUAAAUGAAAAGUAGCACAUGUUUGCAGCCAAGUAAUUUUAUUAGCCUAUUUCCUGCCUGUAGAAUUUGGGGGUCCCACAGUCUUCUUUCACCUCCUUUUUGGUCCAGGCUGGCAGCGUUUCUGCUGGUGUAAACUUUCCAGGAAACUUGGUGGUCUCCUGUGUAUGACAUGGGGAAUCUAUUCCAUUGGAUAAGAGGUCCCUAUGUAGACUUUUUUCCCCCUAGAUAAUCCCAUCUCCACUUUCAGCUUCUGCUCUGAUGGUUCCAGGGCAAUGCCCUCAGAUUUCCUAGAUGCUGUCUGGUGAAUCACAUUCUUAAUCUCUUCAAAGAGCCUUUUGUGUGACUGAGUGCUCCAACCUUUUGCUUUUUCUGAGAUACAAGCAAACUGCAUAGUCACACUCUCAGUCUUUUCUCUAGAGCAUGCUUUGCUGAUAGUGAAUCUCUUAAUUAUAAUGCCUUUUGCAAUCUGGUUAAGCUGAGAACUUCUAAAAUCAUCAAUUCCUUGUUCCUUUUUGCUUAACCGUCUUCUCUCAAUCCAUCUCUUUCCUCCCUACUAUAAGAAGCAAGAAGAAACCGGCCAUACCUUCAAUAAGUUGUUUGGAAAUCUUCUCAGCCAAAUAUCCAUUUUUUACCCAUUACAAGUCCUGCUUUUCACAUAAGUGGGGGGGGGGGGCGUGAUUCCAUUAAACUUCCUGCUUCUAUAUAACAAGGAUCCCUCUCUUCCAGUUUCCAAUAUCAAGUUCCUCAUCUUCUAAGCCCUCACCAUCAAUCCCUUUUAUGUUCCUGUUUCUCUUAUCAGUCUGUUCAUGAUAUUUAUGUAUUUUUUAUGGUGACUUAGGUUUUUUCAAAUGUACUCCUUACUUCCUUCUGAGUCUUCUCUGAGUCAUUAAUAUCUGUAUUUCUAUGAAUAAUCUUGUAAAGGCCAUAUAGGCAUUUUUCUAUCACACUCUUGAAAAUUCUAGUCGCUGCCCAUUGCCCAAUUCCAAAGCCACUUCCACACUUUUCUGGUAUUUGUAGUAGCACCCCCUGCUCCUGGUACCAAUAUCUGUUUUCAUUUCCUACUGUUGCUGUAGCAAAUUAGCACGGACUUAGUGGCUUAAAACAAGAACAGAUUAUUAUCUUACAAUUCUGUAGGUCAGAAGUCUGGCAUGGAUCUCACUGGGCUAAAAUUGCAGGGCUGUGUUCCUUUCUGAAGGCUCUGGAGAGAAUCUGUUUUCAUGCUUUUUCCAUUUUUAGAGGCUGCCCACAUUCCUUGGCUUGUGGCCCCCUUCCAUCUUCAAAGCCAACAGUCGUAUCGCUCUGACCUCCUCUUUUGCCUCCCUCUUCUGCAUUAAGGACCCUUGUCAUUACAUUGGGCCCUCCCAGAUAAUUCAUCAUAAUCUCUUUAUCUGAAGGUCAUCUAAUUAGCGAUCUUAAUUCUAUCUACAACCUUAAUUCACUUUUGCCAUAUAAUAUAACAUAUUCAUAGUUUCUGGGGAUUAGGACAUCAACAUUUUGUGGGGAGUGGGGAGUAUUAUUCUGCCUACUGCAAUCUCACAGAUGGGUUUUGCCCAGGCUGUUUAAGCAUCCUGCUGUAUCUGCCACCAAGUGAGGCAAGAGGCCAGCUACAAGGGACUUCCAGUGGCUACAGGGACCACUACAGGUGGUCCAGUGGCUAAGACUCCAUGCUCCCAAUGCUGGGGGCCCGGGUUCUGCCCCUGGUGAGGGAACUAAAUCCGACACAAUGCAACUAAAGAUCCCACAUGCUGCAACGAAGACCUGACUCAGCCAAGUAAAUAUUUUUAAAAAAGAGGGCAGCCACAUUCAUUGGUGCUUGAGAUCAGAGCCAGCUUCUGGUGAUCCACUGCUGACUUUGCCUGCUUUGGGACACAUCUUUGUGGCAGGUGAGCUUGUAAAGUGUGAGACCUCUUCGUGGCUCUCCUUGAGUUACAGUGCUUGGCACCAAGCAGCUUCUGCAGUGGGAUGGGCUCUGAACUGGGCCUGGAGAGGCAGUGUAGUCUAACAGUUAGUGAGUGGCUUUGGGGUGGGGGUAGUGGUACAUUUGCUACUUGCUAACUCCGUGUGCUCAGAACGUUUCUUUCCUUCCUGGAGCCUCAGUUUGCAAGUUAUAAAGAAGGAGAUGUAAUAAUAGCACCUGUCUCAUAGUGAUGUCAAAACCAAAUGAGAAAAUGCUGGCAGAGUGUCUGGUUUAUACGAAAUGCUCCAUAAACAGUAACUACAGUGGUUUUUGUGAGUUUAGCCCUGGAUCUGUCUGCUCCUGCCUUGUGGCCUCUGUCUCCCCACCUGUGAGGUAAGAUGAGCGAUGGCCCCUUCACUUCCUCUUGCCUCCCCUCCCCCUUGCACUGAUGUUGGUUCUACGUGCGUGCAUGUAGUUGAGUCAAGGAGUGUUCUGGGAUGGAUGGCCAGCUUUGCCACCUGGUAAGAGGUAAGGAUCAGGGCAGGCACUCUUGUCCUGUCCCAGGUCUCUCACUGGACUCUAUGUCCAGCGUUCUUUCCUCUGCCCCAGUGCAUCUCCCACCACCUUCUGUGUGCAUCCUGGACUCUCCAUGGGGCAGCGUCCAGGGCAGCCCCCAGCACAGUUCCCUGUACUGGGGGCACUGGUGGACCUGGUGGAAACUUCACUUCUGGGGCUGCUCAGCUUUUUUCCCCUCGGGAGCCUGGUGGGCAUUUUUAUUCACCUGAAUGGAACUGCCCAUUCCAGGAAUGUCCUAGAAACCUGGAACUGCCUGGGCAUCAGCUGUCUUCACUUUCCCGCCCACGGCAGCAACCCCUUCAUUGUUCUUUUCAGAGCCAUCUAUUCCUCGUGCAGAGCUUCAGUGAUGGACGGCUCCCCCCACCACCUUCCUAGCCUGUGCCCCUCGCUGCAGGAAGGGCCCCUUUCUGUAAACUGUCGUAGGCUAGCUACUUCUCCCUGGCAUCCCAGACUUCUUCUGCAGCUCCGACCUUUAUUCUCUGUGACAGGAAGCGCACGGAGCUGAGGGUCCCAGCUAUCCUGGGUGGUGGCCACUUGACUCCACCCAGUCCAGGUGUGUCUGAGGCCAUGUUGUCAAGGCUGCAGACUCAGCCCACAGAAUUGACCCAGUGUGGCCACGUGAGCUUGGGGUCGCCCGCCUCUUCUUCCGCUGAUAUAUCCUGAAGCCCAGUUAACGUUCUUUUUACUACCUAAUUGAGUUUUUAUCGAAGUUUCUCCCCACUUUUAUGCUUAUUUUUGUUCUCUUCCUGCAGCCGACAGCAGAAGACCCAUAUAACCCAUUUCCUAUCAGCCCUUUUUGAGGAUUAGUCAUUUUUAAAUGACUGCAAUUUCCUUUUUGAAAGUGAUUUUUAUACUCAUUUUUGUUCUGUUUCUUUAGCUGUACUUACUCAAGGUGAAAAGGGGAAGCCGAGGAUCUGAUAUUAGUCACUGGGUUUCCCUCUUGAUCUUCCGCUGUGACCAUACCCUCUCCCAAAAGACAGAAGCAGGGUAGCAUGGUGGAUCAAAGAGUCGGACACAAGCGAGUGACUGAGCACACACACACACACACAGCCUGGUGGGUGAGAAAGCACCGACUCAGAACCAACUAACUAGGUUUGAAUCCUGGCUCUCCUGCCUGCAAGCUGUGUGGCUUUAGGUAAGUUACUCAGCCUCUCUGUGCCUCAGUUUUCUCAUGAACAGGGAAAUAAUAAGAGUAGUGCCCAUCUCGUUGGGCUAUUGAGAGGACUAAAUGAGUUAAAGGAAUGCCUGGCACAUAGUAGAAUCUAUCAAAGCACUGACUUGGAAAUGAAAAGGUGGCUGGUACAGCUGGUCUUUUCCUUGAAUCUACCUUCUCCCUGAGUUCUGAAACGUUCAAGCUGAAGGGGGUCUCGGGAUCGCCUUCACCCCGUCUCUGCACCCCUUCCCUUUCUGCAGUCUGCCAAGGGCAUGUGCUGCACUGGUUCCAUUUGUGUGAUGACUAACAGCACGAGGGGAGCCUGGCUGCUGUAAGGACCCCCUUCUGCCGACCCCUCCCCUGCGCAUCCAUCCUGAGUGCGCUGGCCCUGGCCCUCUCUCCAGCCUGCUCCUAGAACAGUAAGCUAAGUGCCCCUCACACAAAAUGCAUCUGGAGGGAUGGGACGGAUGGCAGCAGCCAAGGUUAAAUGUUGUGAGAGUAAAAGGCUUUGAACAGGGCAAUCUGAGUUGGGUCUUUUAUUUGUCAACAUGCCCAUUUGCCCUGAUUGGGCCUUUUCAGUUUAAGGAGCCUUAUUUCAAUUCAGAUGAUUAUAAUCUCAGCAGUUGUUCAGUUUGUUGCUCCCAAAAUAAUGUGCUUUGCUGUAGUUUUGAGGCUUGUUUACAGAAAAAUAAAGCCAGCUGGGCAGCCCCGUGAUGAACCUCAGGGGUCUGUGGUGCUGCGGCAGGUUGACCCUCCUUCUCAAAGACUGGGUGGAUGAGGGGGUGCAGGGGAGAGUAGACCCCGAGAUCCUGGCCACACACUGCUGGGGCUUCUGGCUGUGUGACUGAAGGCAAGUUCCUCACCUCUCUGAGUCUCAGCCUCCUCAUCUCAAAAAUGGGAUGUUACCGAUGGGAGGAUGAAAGGAGAGUAUUAAUUGCGGUAAUAGAAGCACUUAGCACAGUGCUGGCACUCGGGACAUGCUCACUAAACGUAGCUGCUAAUUUUAUUAGCACUAGUGGUACUCAUUAGUGCUAAUUAUGAUUAUUGGCCAAAUAGCGCUUUUGUUUAUCAGCUUUAUUGAAGUGUAAUUUGCAUACCGUAACACUCCCUUGUUUUAAGUGAGCAGUUCAGUGAUGUUUAGUAAAUUCACAGAGCUGUGCAGCCCUCACCGCAGUCCAGCUCGCAGGCAUUUCCAUGAUCUCUGAAGGAUGCCUCUUGCCCAUUUGCAGUCAGUCCCUGCUCCCUCCUCUGGCCUCAGGCAAUCACUAAUCUGCUUUCUGUCUCUACAGAUGGGCCUGGUCUGGAUAGUUCAUGUGAAUGGAAUAAGAGUGCUUCUUCACAUUAAAUUUUCUCAUCCACCCCUCACAGCGCAUCUCUGUUUCAGCUGUGUGAGCUGACUUAAGAGUUUAGAGGAGCGCUCGUGGGGUGACAGGUGAAUGCAGAAGAAGGGUUCAAGUGCAGGUGUCUGCUCUCAUCCUUGGACAAUGUGAAUGAAAGACGUGCACAGGCUUGGUCUUUCGGGUCAGGUGCCUUCCUUGCGCUCCUCACCCAUGAACCGGCUGGCUUUUGAGCCUGGAUCCUCCACUUGUCAGCCAGCUUUGACGCCUCCUGGGCCUCGGGGGCCCCUCCCCACAAUGCAGACAGUGGGCCAUCCCAAUGGCCCUGUCGGGGCUCAAAGAAGAGUCAGACAGUGACUGCUUGGGAGCUUGUCAUGGGGCCCCCUCUCUCAGUCUCACCUACGCAGGUGUCUUGCACGAUUGACCUGUGUCAAGGGCCCUGACAGUGGACAGGCCUGGCGCUGUUCUUCCCGGGGAGGGGGCCUCAUGUGGCUGUGCCUCAGUUUCCUCGUCUGUCCAGUGGGAGGGGCCUUGGUCCCCACCACUUCUGUGCUGGAGACAGCCCUUAGUGAUGCACACAGGAAAGGCUCCAUGGCAGCUUGCACGAGUCUGAACUGAGACAUCAAAAUAAUAAAAAGCCAGUGGAGCCCGGCCAGGGGGCAGGGGCGAGUGGGUCCCCCAGCUGCCCCAGCUCCAGCCAUCUCCUCCCUUGAGUCCCUUUGUCUGCACCCCGAGGAGCCAGCUGGCAAGAGCCAGGAAUUACCAGGCAGGGGCUGGGGUGCCUCCUGCCACAUCUAAUCCAAGGAGCAAGCAGUGCUGGGUCCUUCCCGUCCAAAGGCCCCGUAACAUGAGGCCCCCAGGGGAGCGAGUCCCUCAUUCUGGGAGGCACCCCACGUUGGGUUGGGUGACUGGGCUUCAGGGGUGGGGAGACUGCAGGGAGAUCGGGACUCUGGGCCAGGAGCUUCGGAGAGCAGCAUCCUUCCAGGCAGAGCUCUGCCAGUCGUGCCAGCUGGGGUCAAGCACAUCUUCAUGGGGCCGGAGUCAAGGGCCCCAGGCGGGCACCAGGGUGGGGGUGGGGCCUAGGAGCAGGCUUAGAGCCAGCUCUGAGGGGCCCUGGAAGACCCUCCAGCAGGCCUUGUUGUCUUUUCAAGUCUUGGGAUUGGCAGUUGUGAGAGCCUGGGGUUGCAGUACCCCUGGUCUGAGCCACGCGCCUCCAUGAUGGUGUGUGUGUUUGUGUCUGCAGGUGAGUGUGUGUGUAUGUUCAAGCCUGUGUGUGUACGUGGAUGUGAUAAUGUAGGAAUGGACGUGUGUGCAUAUGAGAGAGACAGUACGUGAUUGUACGGUUGUGUUUGUGAUGGUGUGUAUGACUGUGUGUGAGUGUGUGUGUGUGCAGGCGUGUGAGUGGUACUUGCCCAGCCUGGGAAUGAGGUCCCCUGCCUUUCCCUUCUAGAGGAUCUGGGCUGCCUCUAGCCAAGAAUUUCUGGGUUACAUCUGUGAGGGCUUUUCUGAAGACUCAACCAGGCUGGCUGGGGGCCGGAGAGGCGGGACAGUGGUCUGUUUCCUCGGGGUUAGAAGAGCAAGAUGGUGACGACGACCCACAACUCUCCUGGGUGGCCUCGUCUCCCUCCAGCAAGGAUGUUGCGUCACCCACGCAGAUGAUUGGAGAUGGGUGUGACCUGGGCCUGGGUGAGGAGGAAGGGGGCACGGGCCUGCCGUACCCUUGCCAGUUCUGCGACAAGUCCUUCAUCCGCCUGAGCUACUUGAAGAGGCACGAGCAGAUCCACAGCGACAAGCUGCCGUUCAAGUGCACCUACUGCAGCCGCCUCUUCAAGCACAAGAGGAGCCGCGACCGGCACAUCAAGCUGCACACGGGCGACAAGAAGUACCACUGUCACGAGUGCGAGGCGGCCUUCUCCCGCAGCGACCACCUCAAGAUCCACCUGAAGACCCACAGCUCCAGCAAGCCCUUCAAGUGCACGGUCUGCAAGCGCGGCUUCUCCUCCACCAGCUCGCUGCAGAGCCACAUGCAGGCCCACAAGAAGAACAAGGAGCACCUGGCCAAGUCGGAGAAGGAGGCCAAGAAGGACGACUUCAUGUGCGACUACUGUGAGGACACGUUCAGCCAGACUGAGGAGCUGGAGAAGCACGUGCUCACCCGCCACCCCCAGCUCUCCGAGAAGGCCGACCUGCAGUGCAUCCACUGCCCCGAGGUCUUUGUCGACGAGAACGCGCUGCUCGCCCACAUCCACCAAGCCCACGCCAACCAGAAACACAAGUGCCCCAUGUGCCCCGAGCAGUUCUCCUCCGUGGAGGGUGUCUACUGCCACCUGGACAGCCACCGGCAGCCCGAUUCCAGCAACCACAGCGUCAGCCCCGACCCCGUGCUGGGCAGCGUGGCCUCUAUGAGCAGCGCCACACCGGACUCCAGCGCCUCCGUGGAGCGAGGCUCCACCCCGGACUCCACCUUGAAGCCGCUGCGGGGCCAGAAGAAGAUGCGGGAUGACGGGCAGGGCUGGUCCAAGGUGGUGUACAGCUGCCCCUACUGCUCCAAGCGGGACUUCAACAGCCUGGCCGUGCUGGAGAUCCACCUGAAGACCAUCCACGCGGAUAAGCCGCAGCAGAGCCACACGUGUCAGAUCUGCCUGGACUCCAUGCCCACCCUCUACAACCUCAAUGAGCACGUCCGCAAGCUGCAUAAGAACCACGCGUACCCCGUAAUGCAGUUCGGCAGCAUCUCCGCCUUCCACUGCAACUACUGCCCCGAGAUGUUUGCCGACAUCAACAGCCUGCAGGAGCACAUCCGGGUCUCCCACUGCGGCCCCAACGCCAACCCGCCCGACGGCAACAACGCCUUCUUCUGCAACCAGUGCUCCAUGGGCUUCCUGACCGAGUCCUCCCUCACGGAGCACAUCCAGCAGGCCCACUGCAGCGUGGGCAGCGCCAAGCUGGAGUCCCCGGUCGUGCAGCCCACGCAGUCCUUCAUGGAGGUCUACUCCUGCCCCUACUGCACCAACUCGCCCAUCUUCGGCUCCAUCCUGAAGCUCACCAAGCACAUCAAGGAGAACCACAAGAACAUCCCGCUGGCCCACAGUAAGAAGUCCAAGGCGGAACAGAGCCCGGUCUCGUCGGAUGUGGAGGUGUCUUCCCCAAAGCGGCAGCGGCUCUCGGCGAGCGCCAACUCCAUCUCCAACGGCGAGUACCCGUGCAACCAGUGCGACCUCAAGUUCUCCAACUUCGAGAGCUUCCAGACCCACCUGAAGCUGCACCUGGAGCUGCUGCUGCGGAAGCAGGCGUGCCCCCAGUGCAAGGAGGACUUCGACUCGCAGGAGUCCCUGCUGCAGCACCUGACUGUGCACUACAUGACCACGUCCACCCACUACGUGUGCGAGAGCUGCGACAAGCAGUUCUCCUCGGUGGACGACCUGCAGAAGCACCUGCUGGACAUGCACACCUUCGUGCUCUACCACUGCACCCUGUGUCAGGAGGUCUUCGACUCCAAGGUGUCCAUCCAGGUGCAUCUGGCGGUGAAGCACAGCAACGAGAAGAAGAUGUUCCGAUGCACGGCCUGCAACUGGGACUUCCGCAAGGAGGCCGACCUGCAGGUGCACGUCAAGCACAGCCACCUGGGCAACCCGGCCAGGGCCCACAAGUGCAUCUUCUGCGGGGAGACCUUCAGCACCGAGGUGGAGCUGCAGUGCCACAUCACCACGCACAGCAAGAAGUACAACUGCAAGUUCUGCAGCAAGGCCUUCCACGCCAUCAUCCUGCUGGAGAAGCACCUGCGGGAGAAGCACUGCGUGUUCGACGCGGCGGCCGAGAACGGCACGGCCAACGGGGUGCCCCCGGCCGCCGCCAAGAAGGCUGAGCCGGCCGACCUGCCGGGCGUGCUGCUGAAGAACCCCGAGGCGCCCAACAGCCACGAGGCGAGUGAGGAUGACGUGGACGCGUCGGAGCCCAUGUACGGCUGCGACAUCUGCGGGGCGGCCUACACCAUGGAGGUGCUGCUGCAGAACCACCGGCUGCGGGACCACAACAUCCGGCCGGGCGAGGACGACGGCUCGCGGAAGAAGGCCGAGUUCAUCAAGGGCAGCCACAAGUGCAACGUGUGCUCGCGGACUUUCUUCUCGGAGAAUGGGCUCCGGGAGCACCUGCAGACCCACCGGGGCCCCGCCAAGCACUACAUGUGCCCCAUCUGCGGCGAGCGUUUCCCCUCGCUGCUGACGCUCACCGAGCACAAGGUGACCCACAGCAAGAGCCUGGACACGGGCACCUGCCGCAUCUGCAAGAUGCCCCUGCAGAGCGAGGAGGAGUUCAUCGAGCACUGCCAGAUGCACCCCGACCUGCGCAACUCCCUCACGGGCUUCCGCUGCGUGGUCUGCAUGCAGACGGUCACCUCCACGCUCGAGCUCAAGAUCCACGGCACCUUCCACAUGCAGAAGCUGGCGGGCAGCUCGGCCGCGUCCUCCCCCAACGGCCAGGGGCUGCAGAAGCUCUACAAGUGUGCCCUGUGCCUCAAAGAGUUCCGCAGCAAGCAGGACCUGGUGAAGCUCGACGUCAACGGGCUCCCCUACGGCCUCUGCGCCGGCUGCAUGGCCCGCAGCGCCAAUGGACAGGUGGGCGGCCUGGCCCCGCCCGAGCCUGCAGACCGGCCCUGCGCCGGCCUCCGCUGCCCCGAGUGCAGCGUCAAGUUUGAGAGCGCGGAGGACCUGGAGAGCCACAUGCAGGUGGACCACCGUGACCUCACCCCGGAGACCAGUGGGCCCCGGAAAGGCGCCCAGACGUCGCCAGUGCCCCGGAAAAAGACAUACCAGUGCAUCAAGUGCCAGAUGACCUUCGAGAAUGAGAGAGAGAUCCAAAUCCACGUUGCCAACCACAUGAUUGAGGAAGGCAUCAACCAUGAGUGUAAGCUCUGCAACCAGAUGUUCGACUCCCCGGCCAAGCUCCUCUGUCACCUCAUCGAGCACAGCUUUGAGGGCAUGGGCGGCACCUUCAAAUGCCCCGUGUGCUUCACAGUCUUUGUCCAGGCCAACAAGUUGCAGCAGCACAUCUUUGCUGUGCACGGGCAGGAAGACAAGAUCUACGACUGCUCACAGUGCCCACAGAAGUUCUUCUUCCAGACCGAGCUGCAGAACCACACGAUGAGCCAGCAUGCACAGUGAGGGACCGCUCGACAGGACUCCUCUCCGCAGAAGGCUUGCCGGAGACGCCGUGGGGAGGGCCAUUUGAACAUUACAUCCAAUCAAAGUGUCAUUUGCAACCCAGAUGUAAAACUCUAAUGAUUUGGCCAUGAGGCGCUGCUAUUAUAAGCAGCUGGAAAUGAAUAUUAAUGGCAGAGAUUAAAAGUAUUCCAUGCUCAGUAUUUUUUAUUGUCCUGCUACAGCUAGUGUGCUUUUAGAGUUUCCGCCGCAGACUACAUUUCUAGAGUUAGAGAAACCCGCUUUUGGAAGCGAUUGUCCUUUGUUCCUUCAUGUAUUAUAUUGAUAGUUUUUUUUUUU